UCUUUGUGUUUCAUUUCAGUACUUACAAGUGAAGGAGCAGCCCAACCUUUGUCUCGGAUAAUUUCUAGUGGUACAACGAUUGGGCAGACAGCCUCCCGAAGCUCUGGCACCCCUACCGCAUUCUUCACCUUAAGGAACAGAAGGCCUGUGGGAAACGGAUUCCUUAAAAGUGCAGGAGAGCCAGCCAUGAGAGGCUACCUCGUGGCUAUCUUCCUGAGUGCUGUCUUCCUCUAUUACGUGCUGCAUUGUAUAUUAUGGGGAACAAAUGUCUAUUGGAUGCCACCUGUGGAAAUGAAACGAAGAAAUAAGAUCCAGCUGUGUUCAUCAAAGCCAGCAUUUGCCUCUCUCCUGAGGUUUCACCAGUUUCACCCUUUUCUUUGUGCAGCUGAUUUUAAAAAGCUUGCUUCCUUGUAUGGUAGCGAUAAGUUUGAUUUGCCCUAUGGGAUAAGGACGUCAGCGGAAUAUUUUCGACUUGCUCUUUCAAAGCUGCAGAGCUGUGACCUCUUUGAUGAGUUUGACAAUGUGCCAUGUAAACGGUGCGUGGUGGUUGGUAAUGGAGGAGUUUUGAAGAACAAGACGUUAGGAGAAAGAAUUGACUCCUAUGAUGUAAUAAUAAGAAUGAAUAAUGGUCCUGUUUUAGGACAUGAAGAGGAAGUUGGGAGAAGAACAACCUUCCGACUUUUUUAUCCAGAAUCUGUUUUUUCAGAUCCCAAACACAAUGAUCCUAACACCACAGCGAUUCUCACUGCUUUUAAGCCGCACGAUUUAAAGUGGCUGUGGGAAUUGUUGACGGGUGGCAAAAUAAACACUAAUGGUUUUUGGAAAAAACCAGCCUUAAACCUGAUCUAUAAACCAUAUCAAAUCAGAAUCUUAGAUCCUUUCAUUAUCAGAACAGCAGCUUAUGAACUGCUUAAUUUCCCAAAAGUGUUUCCCAAAAAUCAGAAACCCAAACACCCUACGACAGGAAUUAUUGCCAUCACCUUGGCCUUUCACAUAUGUCACGAAGUCCACCUUGCUGGCUUUAGAUACAACUUUUCUGACCUCCAGAGUCCUUUGCACUACUAUGGGAAUGCCACCAUGUCCUUGAUGAACAAGAAUGCAUAUCACAACGUGACUGCAGAGCAGCUCUUUUUGAAGGACAUUAUAGAAAAGAACUUUGUAAUCAAUUUGACUCAAGAUUGAUCCUACAGACAGAGAAGAUAAUGCUGACAGUAUUAGUUUUAUUUUUAUACUGGCAAUUUAUAGUUUAUUUUAAAAAACGUUGGAUGUACUUGUCAAGAAAUUAUGUAUAUUAAGCCUGUCGCUGCCUGGUGAUUUCAUAACCACCAGCUUAAUUUCUGUAAAUAUAAUUUAUGAAAACCAACAUAUACUGUUACUAUGUCCGGGUAAAGUUGUAAUUGCAUUGUGUUUUUAAAAAUAUUUUUAGUUUUUUCAUUUUAGACUUUUGAAAGGAUGUGACUUCCUAAUAAGGGGACUUAAGUUGACGGCAACAGAUUUGAAUGCAAAAUGACAUAUUUGGCUACUAUAAAAUGGUGGGGAAUUGGCA